ACUUAUGAAGAUUCAGACACGAAACGUAGACGCGAUAGAAGCCCUACUUCAUCUGAAAAUAUUGAUAUUGAUAAUGAUGUAUACGAAUCUGAUGUUGAUGAAGCAGGUGAAACAAAAAUUGAUUCUAAUGGAAUAUUAUUAGGAGAUCGUGAAUUUAAAGUCCCUACGUUUACAUUACCUGAUCACGGUGAUCAAGUAUUGAUGUUAGCCAUGGAUCCAACUAAAGAAUUAGGAUAUCGUGACAGUUAUCUUUUCUUCCAAAAACACCCUACUUUAAAACGUAUUCGUAUUAGUGAAGACGAAAAAAAGAUUCUUGUUGAUAUGGGUUUACUUGUUAAUUAUUUUAAAAAUCGAGAUGUAGCCGUUGUUACAGCACGUUCUGUCUUUAAAUGUUUUGGACAUAGAAUUAUUAAAAGAGGACAACCUAUCAAAGACGAUUAUUUUGAAACAGAAUCUGAAGAACAACAAGAUGAAGAACAAUCCAAUUCAUUCCAUAUUAAUCGUAAAAGGGCAGUAACAGACGGGAAUGAGAAUAGUAUAGAGGAAAAGAAAAGAAAAGAAAAAGAGCAAAAUGAAGAAGAAAAUGAUAGAGAAUAUGAAGACAUGAGUCGACAGUCAUUAAUAGGAAAGACAGCUAGAUCAGAAGGAUAUUCCACAAAGAUGCCUUUAAAUAAGCAAACGUGGAUGCAUCAUGCAGCACUAGCAACAAGAGGAUUUAAUGCUCAAUUAAACGAAAGACGUAUAGAAAAACCAGUAUUUUAUGAUAUUCAUUCAAAUGUAAAUCAAGUUCCUUCAUCAUUCCAGUCUACUGCAUGCCACUUUGAAUUUUCUAAAAAAAAUAAGAAUAAUUCACAUGAGCCUAUGAUUGAAUUUAAAAGAAUAGCUAAUCCAUAUAAUGCUCCUCUUUAUCGUGGAAUAGGCAAAGAUGUAUUAGAUUAUGAUGUAGAAGCAAUACUUAAAUUACUGCCUGACGAUCAAGAAGGAAAGAAGGAAGCAAAAUAUGUCUUGAAGAGUGAUUCCAAUACCAGAUUCUUCAAAGAAGAAGAUGAUAAUAAUUACCCGUUAGCUUUAAUGGAAGGACAGUUUCAGGCAGGGUUUUCAAUAUUUAAUUUCCCAAUUCCAAAGAUACCUGAUCCAACACAAUUAGUCGAUACAGCACAAUCAUUAACAGCUCAGCAAUAUUAUUUAAGUCUUGUUUACCAAACUGUGAAUCAAUAUACUAAUCCACAAAAUCAACCCCCAAUGCCACCCUCUAUGGGUAGAGCGCCACAAAACUUUUCAUCUAUACUACCACAACCACAACCACAACCACAACUACAGCCACAGCCACAGCUACAAUCACAAUCACAACCACAACCACAACCACAAUCUCAGCCACAACCAACAUUACAACCACCAUUACAACAACCUCAAUUGAUGACGCUGUCGCCUAAUAGACCACCACCUACAAAUGCUAUACCAGAAACACCUAUAUGUGGUACAUUACUUUCAGGGAAUCAAGUGUGUAGACGUCCUGUACAACGCCCUGAAGAAAAAUGUCAAUUACAUACACCUCCUAAACAAAUGUCUGAUUUUGCAAAGGGAUUACCACCUGCAAUUGUAUAUUCAGAUAAUAAAUGUGCAGAAUGUCAUGAAUUAAAAGCAGCUGAAACACUCUUUAGUUCACCAGAAGAGCAUGUUAUAGAUGAUUUCACUCUAGUAAAAUGUUCAAAAUGUACAAGAAAAUAUCAUCCAAUUUGUGCUAAUUUAACGACACCAAGACAAGUAGCAGCAAUAGAAUCAUAUCCAUGGUCUUGUCCUGAAUGUAAAAUAUGUUGUGUAUGUAAAAGUGCAGGUGAUGAAUCCACUUUAAUGAUUUGUGAUGGUUGUGACCGAGGAUGGCAUACAGGAUGUUGUAACCCUAAAGUAGAACGUGUACCAGAAGGAUCAUGGCUUUGUCCUUUAUGUGCUAAUUGUCAUAGUUGUGAUGAACAUGUUAUGGCAGAAGAAUCACCUUAUAUACAUGCUACUGCACCGAAAAGUGAAAGAUAUAAAUAUCCAGUCUAUUUAGCUACUUAUUGCCCUAAAUGUCAUGAUAAUUUUAAAGAAAAUAGAUUCUGUCCUGUUUGUCUUAAAACGUACUCAGAGGAAGGAAAUAAUGAAGAUGAAGAUAAUGAAAUGGUAGCCUGCGAUACCUGUGAUCAUUGGAUUCAUACAGAAUGUGAUGAAACUUUAACACCUGAAAGAUAUCAACUAUUAUGUGAUGAUGAAGAUGCUAAAUAUUCUUGUCCUAUGUGUGAAGGACGUUUUAAACGUCUUGUAGAUUCGAGUACAGCUGAAUUAGCAUUAAAAGGUUUAUCAGCGCCUAGUGGUUAUAGUAUAGGAUUAUUAGGAGGAAAGGUAAAAUGAUGAUAAAAUAGACCUUUGUAUGUAUUUUUAAUGAUUCAUAUUAUAUUGUGUAGGUUAAAACAAGAGGAAUUAUAAAAUAUAAAACGAUCAAUGUGGGUGUACCUGAAAUUAAUGGUACAGGCAUUGCAGAAAUGCCUAGUUCUUUAUAAUGGUGUAAAAUAAAAGUUGAUAAACUGAACUGCAGGCCAAAUCUAUU